AUGGCCUCCCGUCUCUUGUCGCGCAGUCUCGCCCGCAGCAGUACCGGGGCCCUGCGAUUGACCUCUGCGGCGCCCCCGCACACACCGCCGCUACUGAAGCCUUAUCGCCCAACCCUGGUGGCAGAUAGAUACCAGCACUCGCGGGGCUACGCCGCUGCCACUUCGCAGGCGGUCGAGGUGGAAGAUGAAGCUGUCGAGCAGCUGUCGGAGUACCCCACCACCUCCCCCGCCGCGCGCAAAAUCCUCCACGACGCAUGGGGCUACACGUCCUUCCGCGCCGAGCAAGAGGCCGUGAUUGCGCGGCUGCUGCACGGCGGCAGCGCGGUGGCCGUGUUCCCGACGGGCGCGGGGAAGAGUCUGCUGUACCAGGUUGCGGCGCUGGGCUUUGGGAGUGGCGUCACGGUGGUGGUGAGUCCGUUGAUUGCGCUGAUCAAGGACCAGGUGCAGGAUCUACAGAGGAGGGGCAUUGGCGCCUCGGCGGUGGACAGCACGAUGGAGCGGGAGGAGGUGCGCGCUGUGUUUGAGCGCGUGAAGAACGACGAGGUGCGGUUACUCUAUGUCUCCCCCGAGCGCCUCAACAACGACGCCUUCGUAAAGCUUCUCCAGAAGACUACCGUCCGGCUCAUCGCAGUCGACGAGGCCCACUGCGUGUACGAGUGGGGGAACUCGUUCAGGCCAGACUAUCUCCGAGUGGCCCGGUUCGUCAAGGAGAUCAAGGCAGAGAGGGUUCUCUGCGUUACUGCUACCGCUACGCCGGAAAUCACAGAAAGCAUCUCGACGGCGUUUGGGGUUCCCAGUGAUGGGGUGUUUCGGACGAGCACUUAUCGCCCAAAUCUACAGCUUCUCUCCGAAUCCUUCAAGACGAGCCGUGACAGAUUCGACUACCUCGUCGAGUUCCUCAACUCGAACCCCGGCGCAACGAUAGUCUACACCCUGAAGCGCUCUACAGCUGAAGUCGUGGCAGGACUUCUCGAGAAUGCCGGUAUCGAGGCCUUCCCCUACCACGCCGGUAUGGACAAGGCCACCCGCAAUGCCACUCAGGACCGCUUCAUGAAGAGCAAUAACAUCACAAUCGUUGCCACAAUCGCCUUCGGCCUCGGCAUCAACAAGCCCGAUAUCAGAAACAUCAUCCACUACGGCCCCCCGCUCUCCAUCGAGAACUAUGCCCAGGAAAUCGGCCGUGCCGGCCGCGAUGGCCGCCCCAGCAAAUGCCUCAUCCUCAUGGCCCCACCGACACCCGCACCCACGACUUCCUCACCGUCAACCCCCUCCUCACGCCGCGCAAAAGCGGCAUCCGCCGCCUCCUCCCGCAAGAAGCAGAAGAAGAAGGAGGCGGAGGAGGAAAAAGAGAAGAAGAAGCUCCCCCUCCCACAGGUCAUCCGCGCCAAGGAGGACGCAACAAUGGCCGUCACGGCGCUGCUCAUGAAGGUCGAGAUGGAGUGCGACGUGGUGAAGGCGCUGCCAACGGUGUAUGGCGAGGUGUUGUAUCGCGGGCUGUCACGCCUGCAGGAGCUUAACGACGAGAAGGCCAUAGCCAUCGUGGAGGAGUCGUCGCGUAGCGACCCCGACGAGGGUGAAGGUGAAGGUGGAGGUGGAGGGCUGUGGAGCUUCGACCUGCGGCGGGUGUCCGAGCAGGUGGGUGCGGGGCGGGAAACGCUGCUGCGGCAACUGCAUCAGUGGGAGCAUGAGGGCGUGGUGGAGAUCGAUAGUCUUGGUGUUGCGGCGCGAUAUGAGGUUUUGCGUGCGCUGCCGGGGACGGAGGAAGAGGCUGAUCAGGUGGCGAGAAAGGUGCAUGACGUGGUGAAGAUGCAUGAGAAGAGGAGUAUGGAGAGGCGGAAGAGGGUGUUGGAGCUGGUGGCAGGGAGGGAGUGCUUUGUGGGCGUGCUGGCGGGGUAUUUUGGGGAUGGGGAGGUGGUGGGGAGGGGCGGAUGUGGGCAUUGUCAGUGGUGCUUGGAUAGGAAGGAGGGAAAGGGGGAUGAGAAGAGGAAGGAAGGGGAGGUGUUGGGGAAGCUGAAGAAGAAGCAGUGGGUUAAAGCAUGGUCAAGAUAG